AUGCCCACUGAGAAGAAACAGGUGGUGGUAGUGCACAAAUACAAACACAAAUUUUUAUAUGACCGUCAAGGCAUGUUACGUGGUGGUUCUCAGCCAAACGGACAAUCACCAUCCACCGCAGGUGGUUCAAACCCUAACGGACAAUCACCGUCAAGCCCAGGUGGUUCUCAACCAAACGGACAAUCACCAUCAAGCCCUGGUGGUUCUCAGCCAAACGGACAAUCACCAUCCACCGCAGGUGGUUCGAACCCUAACGGACAGUCACCAUCUCUCCCAGGUGGUUCAAACCCUAACGGACAAUCACCAUCUACCCCAGGUGGAUCAAAUCCUAACGGUCAAUCACCAUCGAGCCCAGAUGGUUCUCAGCCUAAUGGACAAUCACCUUCCAGCCCAGGUGGUUCUCAGCCUAACGGACACUCACCAUCAAGCCCAGGUGGUUCUCAGCCUAACGGACAAUCACCGUCAAACCCAGGUGGUUCAAACCCUAAUGGACAAAACCCUGCAGGCCAUAGUCCUAAUUCACCUAGCUCUAAACCUGACUUAGCACCUCAAAAACCCUACUCCGUUUACAAAUAUGAUCAAUACAGUUCUAAUAAUGAAGCGAACAGCCAGUCUCAAGCAAGUCAAAGCGGAUAUCUGGCUGAAUAUAACAAAGACAGCAGUUUGGACAAUCACCAUCAAGCCCAGGUGGUUCAAACCCUCACGGACAAUCACCAACCACCCCAGGCGGUUCAAACCCUAACGGACAAUCACCAUCAAGCCCAGGUGGUUCUCAGCCAAACGGACAAUCACCAUUAA